UCCGCGAGUUCGACCACAAAGGGUCCAAUGCAGACCGAUCGACCUUCCCAAGGCGAUGGAUUCCACGUCGUUCCCAUCACUAGUGACGUAGAUUCCCACAUCCCCAGCAAUUCGGAUCACCAGCGGGAACUGAUCCUUCAGAGUUCCCAAACAAGUCCAUGCUGUAACAGAGAUCUCCGCAAUCAGCCGCAGGCGAAUGCAGUUGGAGCAGCUGCCCUGAUUUUUUUGUCCGGAGGAAUUCACAUAGCCUGGAGCAUUGGGUUCAGCACUUUCUUAGAAGAAUGGGAAAUUACCACCCACGUUCGGAUUUGCUGGUUUAUAGGUGCGAUUAUAGGGGCCGCCCUUGGGGAUACUUUGAGCCGAUGGUUUCCCUAUAAAGUGCUAAUGGAAUUCUGUUCCCUGCUCACCAUGACUGGUGGAAUAUUGAUGGCUGUAAACAGAAUGGAUAUCGAUGCCAUGCUGGCAGCAAGAUAUUUGAAUGGAUUGGCCAAUGGUCUGGCCAUAGCGCCAACCUUGGCCAUAGCUGGUGAACUGUCGGUUUUCUACAAGAGAGGAACCCACACAUCUGCGGCGGAACAGUGGCCCACGACGAUUGGCAUCUUUGUCCAGAUCGUUUGCAGUAAUGUCUGGGAUGUCCAGAGUGACUUCACGGAAGAUCAAUUCCAAGGAUUAGUCAGUGGAAUCUUGGGUGCCAUCGCCCUGCUACUGGCCUUCCUGCUCUCUAUCGAAUCUCCGGUGGAUCUGCUGGAGCAGGGAAAUGAACAGGGUGCCAUCGAAGCAUUGAGCAGAUUGCAGAGACCGCGAGCCGUGACUGCUGAGACCUAUGAUCAGGUGAGAGAUCACAGGACCUAUUUGGACCAGCACAGAUCCUUGGGAAGACGUCAUGCCUUCCCAGCCCUCCUUCGACUGAUGGUGUUGAGGGUUCUUUAUGCCCUCAGUUUAAGUAUGGUUGUGGCAUUCACAUUAUCCUGGACCAGUACGGAGGUAUACGGAUUCAGUUGUGGACCCUAUGUGCUCUUCGGCUUACUGCGACUCGUUGGCAGCUGCUCGACCGCCUUUGCCCUGGAUUCUUUGGGCCGGAAAAUCCCCCUGCUUCUUGGACUCGUGAUCUCGGGAGGUCUGUGUGUUGGUCUAGCCAGCAGAUUUACGGGCAGCAACCUGCUCACAUUCUCCGACAGUCGAAUGGCCUUGUGGCUAUUGCUGAUCUACCAAUUAUUCGCCGGCAUUGCCUUUGCCCCCAGUUCAUCGUAUCUCUCGGAAGCAUUUCCACGACGCUUCAAAAGAACAGGAAUCGCGAUUUGCUACAUGGCUGAGAUGAUGGUCCAGCUGCUCAUCUGCUCACUUGUGGAUUUCAGUGCCAUCGGAACAGAUACCUCUUAUGUAGCAACUUAUUUUUUCAUUCUUGGAGGCUUACUCCUGGCAGGAUUCCUCUUCAGCGUUUGGUAUAUGCCGGAAACCAAGUACACCACUCUCCUGCAGGCGCAGUUCAAGUUCCAGGAGUUUGUUAUUCCGCCAUCCUAAAAGUAGGCAACUCAAAGAUAAUCGACAACAAAACAAGACUAGCCAACCCGUAGAUAUAGCUAUGAAAUAAAUCUAAA